GCAUCAAAUCUCUGCUCUGACCAUGAAUCUGAGUCUCCUGUCCGUCCUCUCCGUCCUCGUCCAGCUGUGUCUGUCUGUGGAUCCCUGUCCAGCUGAGUGUCGGUGUGACUGGGACGUCCUCAGUGUGUCCUGUGUGGGAGCUGAGCUCUGGCCUGGUUUCCACUCCAGCACUCAGGAGGUGUGGCUCGUCGGGUCCAGACUUUCCUCUGUUCCUCAGAACGCCUUCGUCAACCUGCUCAACGUCUCUCACAUAUACAUCUCUGAGGAUGAUUCUUUAAGACGCCUGGAGAGACAUUCUUUCCACAACCUGUCCAGACUCACACACAUACAACUAACUGGCAUCAGAACUCUGUCGUUCAUCGACCAGGAGGCGUUUAAGAAUCUUCCUAAUUUAACGUACCUGGGGAUCAGUAACACAGGCCUCACCUCGUUUCCUACACUUCAUCAUAUUCAGUCCACUCAAGAGGAUUUUAUCCUGGAGAUAGUGGAGAACAUGUUCAUACAAACCAUUCCUGCUAAUUCCUUCACUGGGAUAUGUGACAACGCUCUGACUGUCCUGUUGAACAGUAACGGUGUGAAGGAGAUCCAGAGCUACGCCUUCAACGGGAGCCGGCUGGAGGAAGUGUUUCUUCACAGGAAUGUGGAUUUGGAACAAAUCGAUGAAUUUGCAUUUGACGGUGUCAUUCACGGCCCAACUCACCUAGACCUUUCAGAAACCCAGGUUCGCUCUCUGCCUUCGAGAGGCCUGCAGACCAUUGAAAAGCUCCGGGCUGAGAACACUUGGGCUCUUAAAGUGCUGCCCCCCCCCAGCGUCUUUCUGCAUCUCCAGAGCGCCGCGCUGACUUUCCCCAGCCACUGCUGCGGCCUGCAACUGCUGAAAAGAUGGAGGGGACACACGGAGGCGGUUUUCUGUAACCUGACCCGCGGCGCUCGAGAACAACUGCAGGAAUCCUCAGCAGCUCUGUCUCCGGAGUACCUGGGUCAUUACUACGACGCCCCCACGUGUCCGACCGCACCGCCUCAGGCCGACGGAGUGUUUUACGUGGAGUUGGCGACGCAGCUUCUCACUGAAGGGUUUGACUUCUCGCUGUGUAACGAACUUCACGCAGAUGUGGGCGGCCCCCUGUGCACGCCCCUGCCGGACGCCCUGAACCCCUGUGAGGACGUGAUGAGUCAGGGGUUCCUCAGGGUGCUGGUGUGGCUGGUCAGUCUUUUGGCCAUUUCAGCGAACCUGCUGGUGAUCUUCAUCCUGCUGAGCAGCCGACAGAAACUGUCCGUCACCCGUUUCCUCAUGGGUCACCUGGCGUUCGCAGACUUCUGUAUGGGGACGUACCUGCUGCUCAUCGCUUCCGUCGACCUCUACACUCACUCCCAUUACUACCACUAUGCUAUCGCCUGGCAAACAGGAAGUGGCUGUAACCUAGCAGGGGCGUUAUCAUUGUUUGCCAGUGAGCUGUCCGUGUACACGUUAACUUUAAUCAGCCUUCAGCGCUGGCACGCCAUCUUCUUCGCCAUGAGGCCAGACAGGAGGAUGAGGCUACGCCACGCGGCCGUACUGAUGCUCGCCGGCUGGUUGCUGUGCGUGAUCCUCGCUCUGCUUCCUCUGGUUGGCGUGAGCAGUUACCAGAGGGUGAGCAUCUGUUUACCGAUGGACACGGACACGGCGGCUGCUCAGGCGUACGUGGUCUCCGUCCUGAUGAUUAACGUCACAGCGUUCGUGGUGGUCUGCUUGUGUUACCUCCACAUCUACUGUAUGGUGCACAACCCCCAGCACCAGUCCAGCAGGUGCGACACCAGCAUGGCCAAACGCAUGGCCGUCCUCAUUUUCACCAGCUUCCUGUGUCUGGCUCCCAUUUGCUUUUACGGUUUGUCUGCAGCUUUCCACCGGCCACUGAUGACCGUCACCGAUUCCAAGGUGCUGCUGGUUCUUUUCUACCCUCUCAACUCUUGUGCUCACCCGUUUUUAUACGUUAUCCUGACGAAAGCCUUUCACCGAGACAUCCGGAUGCUGCUGAGCCGGGUGGGACUGUGUCAGUGGAGAGCACAUCUCUACUGAGGUAUCACCCCCCCCACAUCCCAGAACAGAGGUUCAGGACUCACCAGGCUGCGAGACGCCCUGACGCUGCCUGGACAUGGGAUCACUCUUUUCAUGUGGUUGUAGAUUUGAAGAGCAACAUUUUCUCUCCUAUAUAAAGGAAACUGUAAAUGUCAAUAAUCUCCAUUAUUGGAUUCACUGUCAUCAAGUUGAACCAAACCCUGUGUUGCCUAUAUUUUCAUAUUCUUGUAUCAGAAAACUCCAAGUUAAAGAGUAAUGCUGAACUGUAGAUCAGAUAACAAGACCUAGAGGGCGCUGUUCCUCAGUAAAAGUUACAUAGUGUUGCUUUAAUGCCUUGUUUUUUAAGUUCCUGGAUCAAAAUCCAGUUUGAUGGCUUCCAGUUCCAAGUUUCUGUUUUCAUAUUCAGAAAUCAAUUUGUGUUUGCACAGAAAUCCUCAAUUUCACACAAUUUCAUCCACAUUACUAAGUUUUAUUUCUGCAGUUACGCCUUCUGUCCAGCCUCUGAAUCAGAGACUUGUGUAAACUGGUCUCGCUCUAGUUUGAAAACUCUGGGUUUGUGUUUCAGUCUGAACAGAAACUGAGACUUUAGUAAACGA